AUGACCGCUCCCGUAUCCGCCUCUUGGGGCGACGUUCCUAGCCGCGAUCAACUUUUCGUACUUGUGACUGGAACAAACAGCGGUGUCGGCACUGGUAUCGCGCAGCGCCUGAUCGACGAGUUCCUAGCCAAGCGCUCUCUCACCUCACACCUCAUCCUCAUCGUGACCACCCGAAGCAGGUCCAAGUCCCAGCAGACCAUCGACAUAAUCCAAAAGCAUGUUCGCAAGGCGGCCGAGGCGAAGAAGCUGAGGGCCCGCGCGGGGCCCUCGUAUGAUCCCGAAUCCACAGUCUCGAGGAUACACCUGGUCGGCAUUCUGGUCGAUCUGUGCAACCUGCGCAGCGUCUACGCUGCCGCCAACCUGCUCAAGGAAGGCGGCGCGCCCGCGGUCGGCAGCAACUGCCCAUCGUCGGUGCGCGUCCCGCGCCUCGAUUCGAUAAUCCUCAACGCGGGCUAUGGUAACUGGACGAGCCUGAACUGGUGGAAACUCUUUGUGCAGUCGGUCACCAAGGGAUUCCCCGUCGCCUUCACGUGGCCCAAGUUCAAGAACGCCGCCAAGGGCACCCUCGUGGAUCCGCUCACCGGACGCAUCCUGACUAAGGAGCAGGCAAUCGCCGAGGGCCGGACCACGAGGGAGCUGCUCGGCGAGACCUUCACCGCCAACCUGUUUGGCCACUACAUGCUCGCCCACGCGCUACUGCCGCUGCUCAGGCGGACCCCUGAGCAGCUCAGAGAGGAGGCCUUGAGCCCCGCCAGGAUAAUAUGGCAGGGGAGCGUCACUCCCGGGCCCGACGACUUCUCCAUGUCUGACCCGCAGGGCCUGCGCCACCACGACGCCUACAACUGCGUCAAGCGCCUCAACGACAUACUCGUCUUCUCGUCGACGCUGCCCAAGCCCGAGCCCAUCGCCACGGCAUACCUCCUCGGCGAUGAUAACAAGGACGGCAGCAGCAACGAUAAGCUGGUGGCGCCGCGCAUGUACCUCACGCACCCAGGCAUCACCAACACGUCCAUCUUUGCCCUGCCGUGGCUGCUGAGCAUGGCAUGGGGCUUGGUGAUGUACCUCACGCGCUGGGUCGGGUCGGUGUGGCACGUCGGGUCGCCCUACAACGCGGCCGUCACGCCCGUGUGGAUCGCGCUCGAGGAGCAGGCCCGGCUCGACGAGAUAGAGGCGCACCGCUGCAAGUGGGGGAGCGCCUGCUCGCGCUGGCGCGGUACCCUGGGGGCCAAGAAGACCGAGGUCCAGGGCUGGGGCUGGGACGGCCGCCUGGCCUCGGACCCCAAUGGACGCCCCGCCGAGAGCGAGAAGGGCUUCCUGUCCAGAGAGUUGGGCAGGCACUGGCAGUCGGUCGAGCUAACGCAGGAUGCGCUCAACGAGUUUGAGGAGCUGGGCGCCGAGUGCUGGCGCGAGAUGGAGAGGUUGAGGAUCGAGUGGGAGGAGAGGCUCGGAGUCAGGCCCGCUGCCAACGGGGACAAGGUGGCAAUGGCUGCCUAA